GACAGCUCAGGUAUGUCAUAACAAUUUCAAAAAUGUCCACUAGGGGACAGAUCUGAUGCACUGAAGCAGUUCCAGUUCACUUGUCUCAUCAUUUCUAAAAGGAAACCCUCUAUGGUAGGUUCUUUACAGAACCUUUAAUAGUUCUUUCUGAAGAACUAUUAAGUGUCAGUUCUUUCUCAGCAUACAUUCAUACAUAUGUCUUCCCUUACUAAAUGAAAACUGGCCUCUAAAGAAAUUAGACAAUGUGCAUAGUAACAAGCUCAAUACUCUCAAUCUCAAUACUCACACUCCAUACUCACCUUUUCAAUAUGAGUUUUGUUGAGAAGUUUCACUGCACAGCAAAAAAAAAAAAAAAAAAAAAAAAAAAAAAAGCAUUUGGACAGAACUACAUGUACACUUUUCAAACUCUUUGGAACUGAACUACUGGAUCUCUCAUAAAUCUGCAUACCUGUAUGUAGGAUCUUCCUACUAUUAUAAUUAGAACACAAAAGUAAAGAAAAUGUUUACUGUAGACACGUGUAAAAGGCUGGAUUGGCAUGUUUACUUUAGUCAUAAAUGUAAAAGCACUUUUAUAUGUCUAAUCUUUUAAGCAAAAAAAAAAAAAAAGCAACACUGCUAUAAAUGUAGUCAUAAAAAGAUGGUUAAUAUUGAAUUGAAUGCUACACUAGUAGUAAAGUAAGAAGCAGUCACUUACACUCCUCCUGCAGUGCUCCAGAAUCCUAAGUGAAUAUGUGAGGGCAGGAUGGUGGUGCUGCGUUAUUGUGGUCCUGAAAGUGUGUUGGAGAAUUUUCUCAUUUUUGCUGCUGUUAAAAGUCAACAAUGCUGUGAAUUUGUGUGACCACACACAGGACCUCUGGACUUGGUUCCUUCCACUAUCUCAAACUGAGGGGUGGACUGAUAUCUUCAGGAAGCAAAGAGACAGAUACCUACAAUAAAAAAAACAUUCCUGAAAUCUAGGAUUCAACGUCCCCAUCAUGUCUCUAUAUAUCCAUGUGUUGGCCUGCGCCUUUGGCCUGGGCUCUUGGGUGGCCGUUAAUGGAAUGUGGGUGGAGCUGCCGCUAAUUGUCAACAUUCUACCAGAAGGAUGGGACUUACCUUCGUACCUUACAGUCAUCAUCCAGCUGGCCAAUAUUGGCCCUAUCCUAGUUACCCUUGUGCAUAAGCUGUGUCCGGGUCGACUUCGUGAGAAUCUGGUGAUCUAUGCAGUGCUGACGAUUGGUGUAUUAGCAUGCAUCCUCCUGACAGUGUUCUGGAAGAAGACAACAGUGAUUUUGGGUCAACAGAGAAGCACAGCAUUCUUUAUUAUCACAUUCUUUCUGUCGCUGGUGGACUGCACAUCCUCUGUCACCUUCCUGCCUUUCAUGAUGCAGCUCCCGACCAAAUACAUCACCACCUACUUCAUUGGUGAAGGAUUAAGUGGGUUUUUUCCUGGGCUGGUAGCUCUGGCACAAGGGGUUGGUAUGGUCAAAUGUGUUGAUGCCUCCCAACCAUCAGGGAACCUCUCAAACCCUGCCUAUGAGAACGUCACACUGGAAGCUCAGUAUCUUCCUCCUAACUUCUCCACAGAGAUCUUCUUCUCUUUUCUGGUGGUUAUGAUGGUGAUAAGUCUUGGUGCUUUUGGUUUGCUUAACCAUGUCCCUCGGACUUUUACACUGUCCACUGAAGAUCUGGUGUCUGAACCGGGAACUGUGGUAACAGUCAGUGGAUGUCUGGAAAACCAGGCAGCAAGCAAUUCAGGGAAAAACAGCCAAGAAAGUGCCACUGGAGACCAGCCCAAGCCUCUGAUAGUGAAGCCGUACUAUUCCUGUUAUGAGCUAGCCUUCAUCUACUGCAUGGUGGUGUGGGCGAAUUGUGCAACCAAUGGACUACUGCCAUCAGUACAGACGUUCUCCUGCAUGCCCUAUGGGAAUAUGGUCUAUCACCUCUCAGCUUCUCUGUCAUCACUUGCUAACCCACUGGCCUGCUUUAUCGCCAUGUUCGCUCCCAAACGCUCACUUGUGUUGCUGGGUAUUCUGUCCUUGCUGGGUACUGGUUGUGGUGGAUACAACAUGGCUAUGGCAGUCAUGAGUCCCUGUCCAUUGCUGCAAGACUCACCACCAGGAAAAGCUCUAAUUGUGCUGUCAUGGAUUCUCUUCACUGGCCUGCUGACCUAUGUAAAGGUGAUGGUGGGAGUCAUUCUAAGGGACCAGAGCCACAUUGCCCUGGUGUGGUGUGGAGCUGCAGUACAGGCCGGAUCUCUAGUGGGAUCAUUCAUUAUGUUUCCACUGGUCAGCAUUUAUCAUCUAUUUAAGUCAGGGGAUAUCUGCAACAACAAGUGCCCAUCAUUCUGAUCCUUUCCUUGUCUGCUUAAUCCUGGUGAGGAUAAUCCUGGGAACAAUGGGCAAAAGUCAGAACACACCCUGGAUGGAACUGCAGUCAGUGACAGGGCACCAUGCAUACACACACCCACACACACCCCCACACACACAUUCGCAUCUAGCAUCUUCGCAUCUUUACACUAAUGUAUUAUACUGAAUGAGACUUCACAGUCUUUUUUUGAGAAAAGUCCCUUACAUUGACCAUUUUUAUAAUUUAAAUUUAAGGCCCCUGAUUGAGGCUUUGAAUCUGUAUGAGAUCUAAUUCACAACAAAACUUUUAAAGUGUCAGUUAAUUGUACAUGGUCACUAUAGAAAUUUAUGGUAAUAAACAUAAUCGUGUCCAAUAUCCAUUAGCUCUUGAAAAAAAAAAAACCCUAAUGUCCCAGCUUAUUAUUCAGUUAUUCAUCUUAAAGCAUAUUUUUCAGUGAAACUAAUAGUAAAGAUCUGAACCCACUGCCAGGUCCUGGGAAUGAUAUGUAUGAUAGGUUUGUGAUUUCAUAUUGGUAGGGUUUAGGAAUACAACAAUACAAAAUACAAAACACUGCUCACACAAUUCUGAUGAAAUACAGAUAAACUUUCAAUAAUAAUUGUAGAAAGUUUUAAAGGAUUCAUAAAGCCACAAUAUGGCUUUAUGAACAGACUUCAGAAUUUCCAUGUGAUUAACUUUGCUGCUAAGCCAUGGAAGUGCCUGAUUAAUUUCCUGACUGGAAAUAGGCCUCAUGUGUGCAAAGAAGCAUUCUUCAUCAGAGGUGCUGGAGUCACGAUGAUGAUGAUGAUCAUCAUCAUCAUCAUCAUUAUCAUCAUCACACCACUGCUGCAACAGCUCAUUUUCAACACAGCCUUUGAUGUAGUCCUGACCUGAAAUGGCAAUUUACCUUAGGCUCCAGGAAUCAUUUGAAACCUUUUGCCAUAAUUAUUGCUCCAGAUUGGAAUUUUAAAUGUGUAGCAUGGCUCCAUACUAACCCCGGACAUGAAUGGCAUGACGGGAUUUGAAUCAGACAUCUUUUUAGACGUGUUUGAGUAGGUGUUUAGAGCUCUCUUUUGAAUCUAUGAAAAAUGUCACUAUUGUAUUAAAUUAAAAUCAUUCUAUAAAGCGUUGGGAAUAUUUUGUCCCAGAAAAGUAGAGCAGCCAUCAACACUAACUUUGUAUGUCACUAAAACACUUCCACCAGAGCCUUGCUGUACCUAGAGGAUAUCUGAAUUCAGCCUCGCUCAGAUCCACACCAAGGCAGCAAAGUAACCAUCCAUCCUGUUUUGACAGUUCUUUGUAAACUGCACUUCACUUCGUCUAAGCUUGUAAAGAUAAAUGUAAAUCCCUUAAGAGUUAUUUGUUCUGUUCCUCUGGGGAAACCCUUUAAAGUUCUAUGUAGAACCAUACAACAAGUGUUUGCCUAUCAGAAAGGGUUUCAAGCAGAGCCCCUUUAGGACAUGAAGAACUUUAACUAUCCAAAGCACCCUCAAAAACACAUUUUUACUAAGAAUGAUUAGAGACCUGUGGUUGAACAGGGUGGGGAGGUUCGAAUCCCACCUCCGCCCUGUGUACCCGGAGUUUGCAUGUUCUCUCCGUGUUUGGGGGUUUCCUCCAGGUAAUUCGGUUUCCUCCCCCAGUCCAAAGACAUGCGUUGUAUGCUGAUUGGCAUCUCUAAAUUGUCCAUAGUGUGUGAAUGAUUGUGCCCUGUGAUGAGUUGGCACCCUGUCCAGGGUGUCCCCCGCAUUGUGCCCUGAGUCCCCUGGGAUAGACUCCAGGCUCGCUGUGACCCUGUAUAGGUACAGAAAAUGGAAGGAUGGAUAUUUAGUCACUAGUUCUAAAUUGUCAGCUCACUGUGUUAAAAAAAAAUACAAGAUAUAUCUACCACUAGGUGGCAACAAAGAAUCACUUUGGUCUAUUCAUCUGACUUGUAUUAAAGCUUUUUACAGGAGAAGGUUAUAACCAAAAAAAAAAAAAAAUCUCUGAUAUUUCAGGUACUGAUGUUCAGGUACUAUAGUUCAAAUAGCUCUGUUUGGCUGAUGUAUUACCCUUGCGUGAAAAGUGCUUUUUUUUCUCACUGAAUAUCAUCACAGAAGCUGCAAAUAUCUUCCUGUUAAAGUCUAAACCACUCGAUAAGUGUGUUGAAGCUUGUGUGGUCUUCUUUCUCUCCAGCUAAAGAUGUUGGUGUGAUCAAAAGUGCAUGAUAUGCCAACUUUAAAAGCAGUGAUUUACAGAUGCUCAGACAGGCUUUGUGUGUGGGGGAGGUAUGACUUUACAUUUAUUUUAUAGCUAUUUCACCAGGGCUUUUAGAUUGUAGGCAUAGCAUUAAUUAGCUGUUUUAAUAAUUAUGCCAGUGGAAGGUCCUCACAAGGCUAGUAAGACAAAUGUGUGUGUGUGUCUGCAUGUGUGUGUGUGUGUGUGUGCGUGUGUGUGUGUGAGAGAGAGCGAGAGAGAGAGAGAACGAGAGAGACUGGGGGACUAAUCCCUAGCCUCUGUCACUUGUUGACCCCAUUAAGCAUUAAGAUGAUACAGCUCUUACUGCUGUUCCUGCAGACGACGUCUGGAUGGGAACUUGCCUCUCUGCUUGUGACUGUCCGGUCCACAGCUGCUCUGUUUCCUCUUCCCAUCCACAUGGGCACAUGGGACUGUACUGACUCAGGGGAGGUGGGGGUGAAGGUGGUGGUGUGACAGACACACUGCAAGAAAGAAUGUUGGCAGUAUAGUGGCAGAUUUGCAAUUAUGAAAAAGUAGUAAAGCAGUCAAAUCGAGCAGUAGUGAAAUCAGCCAAAGAUUUAAAAAGCAAUGAUGCAGUCAACAAAAAGGAUGAUUAAUAUGUAUAAAAGCAUUAGCAUGUUGCUAUUGGACUUAUAGACUGGAAGCAUUCAUUGACAGCAGAGCUUCCACCAAUCCAGUAAUUUCUGAUAAGUAAAAUGUCCUCAGUGUGUGUUCAUCCACACCCAUUCAUCUCAAUAACAGGUGGAUGGGACUCCCUGAGAGAGUGAUGGGGGGAGUGAUGUCAGCUGCUGACCCUGGCUUCUGGUCACUCGGAAAUGCUUGACUAACCCUAAUACAUGGCUUUAAACAAAGACCCCCAAAACCACGCUAAUCUUAAAGGUGAAAAGGUCAUGGAGAUGCCACAAUAUCACUGUAGCCACGGUCCCACGAGACUUGCAGCUUCUCUUGGAAUCACUGCUGCUAAGCAGCUAACAAGCUAAAAGAAAGCUAAGUCUGUCUGCCACACCACAACACCCCCACUCCAUCAUAACGCAAUCAGUGUGACUGCCAUUGUACUGGACACCAUAAACCAGAUAUCACUUCAAUACAAUUAAUUAAAGGAGAAAUUUCAUUACCAGUUAUAUUGUAUAGUAUGAACCUGUAAGUAUUUUUUUAAUGAAUUGCUGCUUUUUUCUGUCUGCAGUACACAGGCCUUUGCUCUAUAUCAGUUUAGCGCAGAUAUUGUUCAUUUACAUUAUGGGUCUGUUAUCUCAUUAUCCUCUUGGCACUGUGCUCUGUCUAGAGUGCUCGAUUGUGCUCCGAUGAAAAACAGCUAAAAAAAAGAGCAGACUGUCACGAUAAUUAGCUCCAUUCCUUGAUUGGCCUCCCUUUUUCUGUGUGUGCGUUUUAUUGUGCUGUGGACGUAUUGACAUGCAAAGUGCGCGGUGUGGAAAGUGUAUCAUUUUCUCCCUGAAUGUCAGAUGGCCCAUCACUCUCGCAGCUGGUCCGAGGGGCCGAGGCCACCUGGCUCCCCUCUUGCUGCUCAUGUGGGACUGCAGCGGCUCUAUCGAGUGGUGAGGGGUCCCCCUGAAAAAUGCUGCUGCGAGGCCCAUCUGCUCCGAUCAUCCAACACCUACACAACACUAACACAACCUGACGCUUUCUAGACAAUCUAUGGCGCUCAGUCAAGCUCGGAGUCAAUAUAAAUGCAAUUUUCCUGUUUUUAUUCAUUAACUUUGACUUAAUAAGAGUUGAAAGUAUACUGAAGAAUAUGGAUGCUGUUAACUAAUUACAGAAUGAACUGAUCUGAACAAACUUUGUUUUGCACCUGCAAUUUGUAAUGCACCGUGUUCUGGACUAUCAUGUCCCAAAGAUGUUUAUUAUGUUGCUAUGACAAUAUACAGUGUGAUAUUUUA